CAAGGAUACAGUAAUGCAUGCAACAUUAUGGAGGUGGACUGCCAUAAAACACAGAACAACAUAGUUCAUCCAUUCAAAUAGUUAUGUGUUUUCUGUCUGUGAAAGCGAAAGCCAAACAGGAUAAAACGAAGAAAGAAGCAGACAGGGCAUGACUCCAUCUCUCCAACAUGAAUAAAAGGAGAAAACGUACUUUCCCCCCUCCUUUGCCACAGAGCGAAGAACCCUCUGAACUGUACCAAAGAGUCUUGAGGAACAACCAAAACCCACCAGUCCAGCCCCAUUCAAAGGCUGUGGAAGUUCCUCACAAAAAGAGGCGUCAUCGCCGCUGCACGACCAGAGGGCCUGUUCCCAGGAAAGGACACAUGACUCUUACAGAACAAGAUAAGAAGAUGAGAGACGUGCCACCAGACCCUGAAGACCCUGAGGAUGUAGAAACGUAUAUGUACCAUAUCACCACUGGUGUCCCCAACUCUGUGGUGGCCCCACAACCCCCUGAGCAGAUGCAGGACAUCUUGUACCGGCUGUCUCCGUUCAAUAAGGACAGCAGUGACAAUAUCCAGACUCUCAGGGAUAGCUUGAAAAAGGAGGUCAAAGAGGUUUAUUACUUCAGUCUCAAAAAGAGCAUAGUGGAAUACAUUCUGAUUGACCCAUCAAAGCUGAAGCAACUGUCCAUAAGCAAGAUUCCCAAGCCCCAUUUGAGGCAGGUGUACUGGGCAGCGACCUACAGAAAGGCCCUCGAUUGGCAAAACCAGCAUGUGUUUACUGUCAAUCCCAUAAUGAUAUUGUUGCAAGAUGUCUGGCUAAGCAGCUUCGCAUCCUUGAGAUUUGUCAGACUUGAGGAUCUUUUCUCUGCCGGCCUCCCACUCGUGCCAUCUGAGUUUGAGGAGAUUGUCCAGAGGCAGUGCUUCAACACCAGAGAAGAACUCAUCAACGAGUGGCUGUGUCAGUGUGAGACCGUGUUCCGCGACUUUCAGGGCCUGUGGUGGCCCCUCGUAAUUGAGAACGGGCAGCUGGCUCCGGAUCGAAUGGAGGAGUUUUUCAACUGCGUUGCUGCUCACAUGUCAUUGCAUCUCCGAAGCCUGGUCACAGAAUCAUUACGGGAUUUGCUACAUUUCUUCACAAUACACGAGGAGGGCAAUGACUUUGGAGAGAUGUUUGAUGAGAUGCAGUAUUUUCAGCCUCAGGUCUUUGUGGUUACCCUACAAGCAGAUGGGCCGAACAUUAACUUUUGUCCGAGCUUCCAGAAAUGUUGGCAGAUCGUCCGUGGAGCCUUCAUGGAAAUCCUCAAAAGUGCCGAGAAUCUGUCAAGGGUGGAAUGUUACCUCUUUCCCCAUAUGAAGAACUUGUACCUUCGCACUGUGAGGCGUGAUGAGUCGUUGGUAACAGACCUAAUGAACAAAGUUGAGGAUGUCUUCAACAGGAACACUGUCGGACCUAAAAAGUAUUUAAAUAUGUAUCAAAAAUACAGCGAUCUAUUGGACAAUACGGCAAAGCGGGAGACAACAACGUUCAUUAAAGAGACGCACUCGUUAGAGGAAUGUACAAGGAAAAUCAAGCACUUCAAUGACACGUGGAAGGAGAUUGCCUUACUGUUUGUCACAGUCCCUCUGUCCAUGUUUUGUCUGGACGCUGUCAAGCUAAAUGAAGACCUGUGUGACUGCUGUGAGACACUGAAAGACAGGAUGGUCAUGUUUGAAUUAGACGAGAACCGAACGCUCAACAAGGGGAUUUGUCAAAGGUUUGAGGAGAUUAUCAAGACCCUCAGAAGUACUGCAGAAACCACAGAGGAGGUGGUGACUCUCUUCCGGUACAUUGAAAAGACCAGUAAGGUGACUCUUCCUCAGCUAAAAAAUGAGAUUGAAAAGGCAAGACACCGCCUCAACUUCCUGCUGGACUACGCCCCUCUGUCAUCUGAUGACGUAAGACUGAACACCCGUGUUUUUCAGUGGCCCAAACAAGUCCUGAUUGAGCUUGAGGACAGUAAAGAACGUCUGGCCAUCAUUAGAGUAAAGGUUGACAAGCUGCUCCAAAAGAGGGUGAAAGAAUUUGACCAGAAACUGCUGCAUAUGGAAAAACAGAUACAGACUUUUAAAAAGAAAUCCGUCAUGACCAUGGAGGAGAUAAAGAAGAAUGUGCAGACUAUCUCUGGAAUCAACUCCAACCUCGAGUCUGCUGUCUUUGAACUAGAGGAAAUCAACAAGGAGCAGGAACUGCUGGGGAAGGAUCAGAGCCAUUUCCCAGUGCUGCAAGUUAUGAUCGCUGAGAAACAGCCACAUGAGCAGCUCUGGAACACGGCACUAAAGUUUGAGGCCAACUCACAAGAGUGGAUGAAUGGUCAUUUCCGAAAUCUGAACGCUGAGGACAUCUCUGAGGACCUGGAUUCCAUGUGGAGGACCAUGCAUAAACUGAACAAGUCUUUCACGGAUCUUGUUGGUCCUUGUCGUGUGGCUCAAAGCUUCAGAGGCAAGAUAAACCUGUUCAAGAAGCACCUUCCCGUCCUGACAACCAUCUGUAACCCUGGCAUGAAAGAGAACCACUGGGACAAGAUUAGCGAGAUUGUGGGCUUUGAAGUCAUACAAGAAGAGAAUAGCUCACUGCUGGACAUGUUGGACCAGGGCCUGUCCAAGUUCGCUAAUCAGCUGGAAGACAUUGGAGCAUUAGCUAGUAAGGAGUACUCUCUGGAGCAAGCGCUGCUGAAGAUGAAAAAUGAAUGGGCGGACCUCCACUUCACUUUCACUAAAUACCGAGAUUCAAAUAUCAAAAUUGUAUCAGCUGUGGAUGACAUCCAAAUGCUUUUGGAUGACCACAUUAUGAAGACACAGACUAUGAAAGGUUCACCUUUCAUUGCGCCAAUAGAAGACGAAUGUAAGCAAUGGGACAUAAAGCUGGUGAGCAUGCUGAACAUCUUGGAGUCCAUGCUAAAGUGUCAGGCCACUUGGCUCUAUCUCGAACCCAUCUUCAGUUCCAAGGACAUCAUUGCACAGAUGCCUCAGGAGGGACGCAAGUUUGAAAUUGUGGACGACUACUAUAAGAAAAUGAUUGUCGUGGCUGUUAAAGAUACACAUGUGCUGGUGGCUACAGACCAGCCUGACAUGCUGGAGCGUCUGCAACAGUCUAAUGUGCUCCUAGAUGAAAUCCUAAAAGGCCUUAAUACUUACCUGGAAAGGAAGAGGCUGUUUUUCCCUAGGUUCUUCUUUCUGUCAAACGACGAGCUGCUGGAGAUUCUGUCUCAGACCAAAGACCCGCUGUGUGUACAGCCUCAUCUGAAGAAAUGCUUCGAGGGCAUCGCCAAACUGGAGUUCACAAAGAAGCUGGAGAUCACCGGCAUGAUCAGCUCGGAGAAUGAGAUCGUGCCCUUCACAGAAAGUAUCUUUCCAGCUAAAGCCAAGGGUAUGGUGGAGAAGUGGCUACUGCAAGUGGAGAACCUGAUGCUCAAGAGCGUUCGACACGUUAUCCAUCAAGGGGUGAUUCAGUAUGCGGAGUUGCCCAGAAAGGAAUGGGUGUUGAAGUGGCCAGGCCAAGUUGUCAUUUGUGCUUCUUCCAUUUUCUGGACAAGUGAAGUGUCUGAAGCCAUCAAGAGCAACUCCCUGCCUGCCUAUGUGGAGAAGUGUAACGCCCAGAUUGGUGACAUUGUGGAGCUGGUGCGUGGGAAGCUUACAGGAGGGGCAAGAAUGACCCUUGGUGCCCUUACUGUGAUCGACGUUCAUGCUCGAGAUGUUGUUGCGAAAUUGGCGGAGGACGGCAUCUCCACACUGAAUAACUUUGAAUGGAUUUCUCAGCUGCGUUACUUCUGGGAGAGCGGAGAUGUGAUUCUACGCAUGAUCACUACAUGCCUGAAAUAUGGCUAUGAAUAUCUGGGGAACUCCCCUCGUCUUGUCAUCACACCGCUCACAGACCGCUGCUACAGAACUCUAAUGGGGGCCUUGAAGCUGAACUUAGGAGGAGCUCCAGAGGGUCCUGCUGGAACUGGCAAGACUGAGACCACAAAAGAUCUGGCAAAAGCUUUGGCUAAACAGUGCGUGGUGUUUAACUGUUCUGAUGGUCUGGACUACAAAGCGAUGAGCAAGUUCUUCAAAGGUCUGGCUCAGUCUGGAGCGUGGGCCUGCUUUGAUGAGUUCAAUCGUAUUGAGGUGGAGGUGCUGUCUGUGGUGGCUCAGCAGAUCCUCUGCAUACAACAGGCCAUUGCCAAGGAUCUGAAGACCUUCAUCUUUGAAGGGACGGAGCUGUCACUCAACCCAACCUGCUCUGUCUUCAUCACCAUGAACCCUGGUUAUGCUGGCAGGGCCGAACUCCCUGACAAUCUGAAGGCCCUUUUCCGAACAGUGGCUAUGAUGGUUCCAGACUAUGGUCUCAUUGCAGAGAUCUCACUCUACUCCAUGGGCUUCAUUGAAUCUCGCAGCCUGGCUCAGAAGAUUGUGGCCACGUACCGUUUGUGCUCCGAGCAGCUGUCCUCACAGCACCACUAUGACUACGGUAUGCGAGCUGUGAAGUCUGUGUUGACUGCAGCAGGGAAUUUGAAGCUGAAAUACCCAGAGGAGGAUGAGAGUGUGCUGUUGCUUAGGGCGCUGAUGGAUGUCAACAUGGCCAAGUUUCUGGCCCAGGAUGUUCCUCUGUUUGAGGGUAUCAUUUCUGAUUUGUUUCCGGCAGUUGUCCUUCCAAAACCAGACUAUAAUCUCCUCCUGAAGGCCCUCAAUGACAACAUUGCUAAGCUCAACCUUCAGCCUGUCCAAUGGUUUAUUGGCAAAAUUAUUCAGGUUUAUGAGAUGAUGUUGGUACGGCAUGGCUUCAUGAUAGUAGGAGACCCUCUUGGAGGAAAAACUUGUGCUUACAAGGUCCUUGCAGCUGCUCUUGGAGAUCUAUAUAAAGCCAAGGUGAUGGAUGAGUUUGCAGUAAACUACAGCAUCAUCAACCCCAAGUCCAUCACCAUGGGCCAGCUGUAUGGCUGCUUCGACCCUGUCAGCCAUGAGUGGUCUGAUGGUGUCCUGGCCACCACUUACAGGGAUCAGGCUAUGUCUACCUCAGAAAAUCGACAGUGGAUCAUCUUUGAUGGACCCAUCGAUGCUGUCUGGAUUGAGAACAUGAACACUGUGCUGGAUGACAACAAGAAGCUCUGUCUGAUGAGUGGCGAGAUCAUACAAAUGAGUCCCAAGAUGAGUCUGAUCUUCGAACCUGCUGACCUGGAGCAAGCCUCACCGGCUACUGUCAGUCGGUGUGGAAUGAUCUACAUGGAACCCGAUCAGCUGGGCUGGACUCCUCUCAGAGAUUCUUACAUGACCACUCUGCCUGAAAGACUGAGUUCAGAACACAGAGAGCUGAUCAUGGACCUGUUUGAUUGGUUAGUUCAGCCCUGUCUGGAUUUUAUUAACAGCAAUUGUCGCUUUGUGAUUCAAACGUCUCCCAUUCACUUGGUCCAUUGUCUAUUGAAGCUGUUUACCUGCCUGAUGGAUGAAAUCUCUAAAUCAGGAACCAAACGUGCAAAGACUAUGUCCAGCCAGCAGAUAACCAUGUGGCUGCAGGGCCUGUUUUUGUUUGCGGCUGUUUGGACUUUGGGUGGAACCAUCACCGGGGAGUGUCGUAAGAAGUUUGAUGUCUUUUACCGCAAUUUGAUCAUGGGCACAAAUAGAGAGCACCCUCCGCCUGAGAGUAUUACUCUUAAAGCAGAGAACAUCUUCCCUAUCAAAGACACUGUAUAUGACUAUUACUUCCAUAAAGAUGGACAUGGGCAGUGGAAUAUAUGGACUUCUUUAAUCACAAAGGCAGAUAAUGUCAUUUCAGCUGAAGCCAAUGUGUCAGACCUCAUUAUUCCAACAACGGAGACAGCUCGUCAGUUGUUUUUCCUGCAUACCUAUCUGGCGCAUGAAGUACCCAUGCUUUUUGUGGGGCCAACUGGAACUGGCAAAUCUGUGAUUAACGACAGCUUCUUAGCAAAGCUGCCAAAGGAGCGGUACACUCCUAACUGUAUCAACUUCUCAGCCCGCACCUCAGCAAAUCAGACCCAAGAUAUGAUCAUGACAAAGCUAGACAGAAGAAAGAAGAACAUGUUUGGACCUACAAUGGGGAAAAAAUGUAUCAUCUAUGUUGAUGACCUUAACAUGCCAGCUAAAGAAAUCUAUGGUGCCCAACCACCAAUCGAACUACUUAGGCAGUGGAUUGACCACCGCCACUGGUAUGACAAGAAGGACACCUCCAGACUGAACAUAGUGGAUGUGCUGUUUAUGUCUGCAAUGGGGCCUCCCGGUGGUGGGAGGAAUGACAUUACAGGCCGCUUCACUCGUCACUUGAACAUCAUCUCAAUUAAUUGCUUUGACGACUCAACACUGACAAAGAUAUUCAGCUCGAUCACUGACUGGCACUUCAGCAAAGGGUUUGAUCCCUCUUUCCUCAGGUUAGGCAGCAUCAUGGUCCAGGCAACAAUGGCAGUCUUUAAGGAAACUAUAGACAGCUUCCUCCCCACUCCAUCAAAAUCCCACUACAUCUUUAACCUCCGAGACUUUGCUCGAGUAAUACGAGGUGUACUGCUGGCUCCAAGCACACACAUGCAGGAUCAAAACAAACUGAUCCGCCUGUGGAUCCACGAGGUCUACCGUGUUUUCUACGACCGACUUAUUGACAACAAGGACAAGGGAACAUUCUUUGGAAUUGUUAAACAGAGAACCAUAAAGCAUUUCAAGCUGAGCUUGGACAAUCUCCUGAGGCACCUCACCACAAAUGGCAAGGUAGUGGAUGAAAACAUCCGUAGCUUGUUCUUCGGUGAUUAUAUCAAACCUGAUACUGAGUCCAAGAUCUAUGAUGAAAUCACAGACGUGAAUGUCUUGCAAGAAGUGAUGGAGAUCUACCUGGAGGAUUAUAACAACUACAGCAAGACGCCCAUGAAUCUUGUUCUGUUUAAGUUUGCAAUAGAACACAUUUCCCGCAUAUGCCGCGUACUGAAACAAGACAAUGGCCACCUUCUGCUCGUUGGCAUUGGGGGCUCCGGGCGACAGAGUGCCACUAAGCUGGGCACCUUCAUCAAUGAUUACAGCUUGAUCCAGAUUGAGCUGACCAAAACCUACAACAUGUCAGACUGGCGAGAUGACCUGAAGCAGAUGAUGCGUAAAGCAGGCAUCGAUGGCAGGAACUCAGUUUUUCUGUUCAAUGACUGCCAAAUUAAGACUGAGGCCAUGUUGGAAGACAUCAACAUGUUGCUUAACACCGGUGAUGUGCCUAACAUCUUUCCUGCUGACGAACGUGCUGAAAUCCUGGAGAAAGUGCAGGGAAUUGCCCGGAUGGAAGGCAAAAAGAUUGAUCCUACUCCACUUCCAUUAUACAACUUCUUCAUUGACCGUGUGAAGGCUAACCUUCAUAUAGUCCUAGCAAUGAGUCCCAUUGGCGAUGCAUUUAGGAACCGUCUUAGAAUGUUCCCCUCCCUCAUCAAUUGCUGUACCAUUGACUGGUUUCAUGAAUGGCCAACUGAUGCUCUGGAGAUGGUGGCCCAGAAGUUCCUGGAAGACGUGGAAAUGGAGAGUGAAAUCAGAAAAGAGGUGGUGGAGAUGUGCCAGACCUUCCAGACAGGUGUGGUGGAGAUCUCAAAGUCAUUCUUCUCCAGCUUAAGGAGACACAACUAUGUGACACCCACUUCCUACCUUGAACUUAUCCUCACCUAUAAGACUCUGCUAAAUGAUAAGAGGAAUGAAGUGGACACUGCAAGGAACCGUUAUAUUGUUGGUCUGCAGAAAUUGGACUUUGCUACAUCUCAGGUGUCAGUGAUGCAGCAGCAGCUGACAGCCUUGCAGCCAGAACUUAUCCAGACCUCAGCUGAGACAGAUGAGAUGAUGGGAAAGAUAGAGACGGAAACAGUGGAAGUGGACGCUAAGAAAGAUUUAGUGUCUGCUGAUGAGAAAGUGGCUAAUGAUGCAGCAGAAGCAGCUCAAGUCAUUAAAGAUGACUGUGAGAAAGACUUGGCCAUAGCAAUGCCUGCACUGAAUGCUGCCCUGUCCUCCCUGGAUACCUUAAAACCUGCUGACAUUACAGAAGUAAAGUCUAUGAAGAACCCACCUGGUCCAGUCAAACUUGUAAUGGAAUCCAUCUGUAUCAUGAAUGGAGUUAAACCUGAGAAAAAACCUGAUCCUUGUGGCUCAGGUAAGAUGAUUGAAGACUUCUGGGGCCCUUCAAAGAAACUCCUGGCAGACCAGAAAUUUUUGGAACGUCUGAAAACCUAUGAUAAAGACAACAUCCCUGCUGUUUAUAUCAAGAAAAUCAGAGAUAAAUUUGUUGACCACCCUGACUUUCAGCCCUCUGUUAUUAAAAAUGUCUCCUCGGCUUGUGAGGGUCUGUGUAAAUGGGUGCGGGCGAUGGAAGUAUAUGAAAACGUAGCCAAAGUCGUCGCCCCAAAGAAGGAGAGGUUGAAGCAGGCUGAGGAUGAGCUGGCGGCACAGAUGGAAAUGUUGACUGUGAAGAGAGCUGAGCUGAAAGAAGUAGAGGACAGGCUGCAGAGCUUGUACGACGAGUUGGCGAAAAUGAUGAGGAAGAAGGAAGUGCUGGAAAACAACAUUGAAUCAUGUUCUCAGAAGCUGAACAGGGCAGAGAAGUUGAUUGGAGGACUUGGUGGAGAGAAGGACAGAUGGACAGAGGCUGCAAGGCAACUAGAGAUUAGAUUCAUCAACCUGACAGGUGACAUACUCCUCUCUUCUGGAACUGUAUCCUACCUCGGGGCAUUUACUGUAGAGUUCCGUACACUGUGUCAGGAUAAAUGGCACACCCUGUGCCAAGAGAAGAAAGUCCCCUGCUCUGAGGACUUUACCCUCAGCACCACUCUAGGUAAUCAAGUGGCCAUCAGGGCAUGGCAGAUUGCUGGGCUGCCGGUGGACUCCUUCUCAACAGACAAUGGUAUCAUCGCAUUUAACUCCCGUCGCUGGCCGCUAAUGAUAGACCCUCAAGGUCAAGCCAACAAGUGGAUCAAGAACCUGGAGAAGGAAAACCACCUUGCAGUCAUAAAACUAUCAGAUGACAACUAUGUGAGAGUUUUGGUACAGUGCAUUCAGUUUGGUACCCCUGUUCUUAUGGAGAAUGUUGGCGAGGAACUCCAUCCUGUACUUGAACCUGUGUUACUGACGCAGACCUUCAAACAGAAGGGCGUGGAGUACAUGAAGAUAGGGGAGAAUCUGGUGGAAUAUUGCAAUACCUUUAAGUUCUACAUGACCACUGGAUUGAGAAACCCUCACUAUCUCCCUGAAGUGGCCGCCAAAGUCUGUCUGCUCAACUUUAUGAUUACCCCGCAAGGCUUACAGGACCAGCUUUUAGGGCUUGUAGUAGCCAAAGAGAGACCUGAACUUGAGGAGAAGAAGAACCAGCUCAUUCUAGAGAGCGCUGCCAACAGCAAGCAGCUAAAGGAAAUUGAGGAUAAGAUCCUGCAAGUACUCUCCUCUUCUGAAGGGAACAUCCUGGAGGAUGAGGAGGCAGUUAAGAUACUGUCAUCUUCCAAGGUUCUCUCAAUGGAGAUCUCUGAGAAGCAAAAAAUUGCCCAUGUCACUGAGAAUGAGAUUGAUGACACGCGUAUGGGCUAUCGUCCUGUGGCAGAGCACUCAUCUGUUUUGUUUUUCUGCGUCUCACAGCUAGCCAACAUCGAACCCAUGUAUCAGUACUCCUUGACCUGGUUCAUCUACCUUUACCUGUAUUCCAUCGCUGACAGCGUGAGUAGUGAUGAUGUGGCUGAAAGAAUCAGCAAUAUUGUGGAACACUUUACUCUCUGCAUCUAUAAAAAUAUCUGCCGUUCACUUUUUGAGAAGGACAAGCUGCUCUUCUCCCUACUGCUCACUGUAGGCAUAAUGCAGGGCAGGGACCAGAUUGAUAACCAAGUCUGGCAGUUCCUUUUAACAGGUGGGAUUGCUUUGGAUAACCCGUAUCCCAACCCUGCUCCAGAGUGGCUGUCUGACAAAAGUUGGUCUGAGAUUGUAAGGGGCUCUAAACUGCCAAACCUGAAUGGUUUUUUUGAACAUGUUGAGCAAAACAUCCCUGAAUGGAAGAAACUUUAUGAUUCAGGACACCCUGAAAAAACCCAGUUGCCUGACCAGUGGAGAGAGUUGGAAGGGAUGGAUCGAAUGGUUGUGAUCAGAUGCUUCAGACCAGAUAAACUGGUCCCAGCAGUGCAGGAUUUUAUAGUAGCUAAUAUGGGGCAGGCUUACAUUGAACCACCUACGUUCGACUUGGCAGGGAGCUACAACGACUCAAACUGUUGCACCCCUCUUAUCUUUGUGUUGUCACCAGGAACUGAUCCAACUGCAGGUCUGCUGAAGUUUGCUGAUGACCUCGACAUGGGGGGCAAUAUGACCCAGACCAUUUCCCUCGGGCAGGGACAGGGACCCAUAGCAGCUCAGAUGAUUGACAAAGCCAUCAAAGAGGGCUCAUGGGUAGUACUGCAGAACUGCCACCUGGCUACCAGCUGGAUGCCCACUCUGGAGAGAAUUUGUGAAGAAACCAUCGUCCCAGAGUACACACACACCAACUUUAGGUUAUGGUUAACUAGUUAUCCAUCCGACAAGUUCCCCGUCAGUAUCCUGCAGAAUGGGCUGAAGAUGACCAAUGAGCCUCCUAAAGGAAUCAGAGCUAACCUGCUGCGCUCUUACCAGAGUGACCCCAUUUCCGACCCCAGCUUCUUUGGCGGCUCCAACAAGCAAGAAAUUUGGCAGAAGCUCCUCUUCGGUCUCACUUUCUUCCAUGCAUUAGUACAGGAAAGGAGGAACUUUGGACCUCUGGGCUGGAAUAUUCCAUAUGAGUUUAAUGAGUCUGACCUGAGGAUCAGCAUGAGGCAGAUCCAGAUGUUCCUGGAAGAGUAUGAGGAUGUUCCACUGACAGCCCUCACAUACCUUACAGGUGAAUGCAACUACGGAGGCAGGGUGACCGAUGACAAAGACAGACGUCUGCUGAUCUCGCUCCUGUCCAUAUUCUACAGCUGGGAGCUGAUAGAGCAGGAAUGCUACAGCUUGUGUGAGGACAACCUUUAUCACAUCCCAGCUGAUGGACCCUAUCAGGCAUAUGUUGACUACAUUCGCAGCCUACCGAUUUGUGCGGAUCCUUGUGUGUUUGGACUUCACAGCAACGCUGACAUCACUAAAGACAAUCAAGAAACCAAUCAACUCCUGGAAGGAGUAUUAUCAACUCUGCCUAGGGAGAUGGGAGGCGGGGAUAAAUCUCCUCAGGAGGUAGUAGAUGAGCUUGCAGGAGACAUCCUGUCCAAGCUGCCAGAUGACUUUGACAUACAAAUGAUAAUUGAGAAAUACCCCGUCAUGUAUGAGGAAUCUAUGAACACCGUUUUGAGGCAGGAAAUAAUCCGCUUCAACAGACUCACAAAUGUGGUGCGGCGCAGCUUGGUCAGCGUCCAAAAAGCUUUGAAGGGCCAGGUUGUUAUGUCUUCUGAACUUGAGGGCAUUUUUAACAGCAUGCUGGUGGGCAAGGUGCCCGCUAUGUGGGCAGCCAAGUCUUACCCCUCUCUCAAGCCAUUGGGAAGCUACAUGACUGAUCUGUUAGCCAGACUGCAGUUCCUGCAAGACUGGAUAGAUGACGGCCCACCUACAGUCUUUUGGUUUUCUGGCUUUUACUUCACUCAGUCAUUCCUUACGGGAGUGUCUCAGAAUUUUGCCAGGAAGUACACCAUCCCCAUAGACUUCAUUGGGUUUGAAUUUGAGGUUACUGAACAAGAGACCAACAUGAAUGAGAAGCCAGAGGAUGGAGCCUAUGUUAGAGGCCUCUUCAUGGAGGGUGCACGCUGGGACAGGGAGAAUAUGGUCAUUGGAGAGUCCCUCCCCAAGAUCCUCUUUGACUCAUUACCCAUCAUUAAGCUUAAACCAGGAGAGAUGUCCAAAUUUAAGCAUGAAAACAUCUAUGUAUGUCCUGUUUACAAAACCAGUGCUCGCAGAGGGACUUUGUCCACCACAGGUCACUCGACUAACUAUGUCCUGUCCAUCGAGCUGCCAUCUGACAAGCCACAAAAACACUGGAUCAACCGCGGAGUGGCCUGCCUCUGCCAGCUGGAUGACUAGGACCUAGAUGCAUUGUGUUUUUUAGAUGAAGACUACAUACAUAGAUAACUGUACAGACAACAAGUACCAUUAAAUUCCAUUUAACAGUGUGCAGUUUGUGCAUUUUAGAUGUUCAGAUAAAUAACAGAGGUGGUACUCAUGUAUUCAUAAUCUUUGUUUGUGCUAAUUGCAUAUUCAACUGAGAUACAGCCGGGGAGCAAAUAAAUGUCACAAAUGCACAGCAUGAUUUUACAUCAGACCUGAUUUCAAACACUGAUGUCAACAUAAUGCUAUUUCAAUUUCUGAUUAGAUGAAGGACAGAAAAAUGUAGGAUAACGGAUCACCUAUGUCUAAUUGGGCGCUUUCCACAACACAGUUCCAGCACGACUCGGCACAGCUCGACUCUACUCAGUUUUGGUAUCGCUUUCCAUUACUAUAGUACCUCCUCAACGUGGGCGGAGUCAUCAUAGCUGUGACAUCGUUUGACUUUGAUGGCACCCUGCUUCACCGUGAGGGUUCGCCCUUGAGUAUGAAAAUUAUUUUCUGGUUCAACAAGCAAAUUGGUGAUUUAAUCAACAAAAGGCUGAAUCAGCACCAGCUUAGUGCUGUUCAUUUCAUUCAGACUACACAUUAUUACAAGUAUGGCGAAGUUACAGGGCACGUCCUGUUUUGUGGCAAGUGUUCUAAAUUUGCCAUGGUUGAUGUGGCCACCUUUUGAUAACUUUUCAUCUUUGAUGUGUCCAGUAUAAAUUCAUGCAAAAUGUGCAAAUCCCCAAGAUGGACACCAAAUUCAAAACUGUUGACUUCCUGAUGAGUUGAGGCCAUGGUGCCAAUGGACUUUUAUGUUCAUCAUGGGCUGUAUCAAGUUCCGUGAACUGUGGUGCAACUUAGUUUCAGCUUUCUCAAUUUGUGUUUCACUUUUAGGGGGCGCCAUUGAGCCGUUUUGCACCACUUCUGUGUAUUUCCCUUAUUUCAUCAGUUCUGAUUUGCGUUCCAAUUUCCGUCCAUGGGAGAAGGAAAAUAAUAAUUCCAGGAAUUCCAAUAGGUCCUUGCACCACUGUGUGAGCGCUCGUGCCUUAAUUAAAAUUCUGGUGGUACAUCCACGUCUUGAGUGGUGCUGCCCGGCUGCUGCAGCAUUGCUUGAUGUUCUCCGUAGUCAGCUAAAAAACUUGCAUCUUAUUGAUGGCUUGCAACUCAUACAAAAAAUGUAGAGCCAUAAACCUUUAAAAACUAUCACGUCUUGAUGAGGGGCAUCUCAGUCUACUUAUGCAAGAUGCAAAAGUCAGUGGGCGUUUAUUUCGUUCUUGAAGAAACUAGAGGUAAAACCACCCACUGUCUAUACAGGUGACAGAUUAUGAAUUUAAUAUUCUGCUGCUGCAGAAAGAAAGAAAAGGCAGUUUAAUUUAUAAAGCACUUUGCACAAGGUAGGUAUGUUUGUAUUAGUGUAUAAUCACUCAUAAAAAAACAAUAAGAAUAGGCCUUUAUAUAUACAUUUGACAUUUCGGAGGCUGCUAUCUUAUUCUGGCAUGUUUCCACAAUAGCCUGAAUGGACAAACCCGCCAGAGCAUGAGUUUCUUGAUUUUAAGCGAAAUCUUACUCCGUUCCAUUUCUCUGCACCCUUCCCUUGUGGUACCAGAGUAAUGGUACAGUGUGGAGCCAUAGAUCCAUGAGAGUCAGCUGAUUGGGCGACAGAAAAGUGUCACACCGUUGCGACCCGUGUUUCUUCAACGCUAUCAGUCUAAUCUCAUUAAAAGCUUGACGUCUUGUUGAGACAAUCAGCCACAAACCGAGCAGAAAACAGAGCUGCUCGGUUG